AUGACACAAGAUGAACCAGAGCGUAUAAAAGAACCCUCUCUCUCCGAUUCAAGGAUAUCUGUAAUGAAUCCAGAAGAAGGUCCAGCAAAACGAGGUGUUAGUACAACCGAAGCCGCUUCCAAGCCUGGCUGCGAAGUGUUGAAGAUUAAAACUGCUAUUACUAUAUACCAGCCAGAGCCUCUGGAUUCCUCAACCGACAGUUGCAAAACAGUUUGCCAGCACUGUACUCGACGCCUUCCAGCACACAAGUCACAAUAUACUUGCAACGGUUGCAAAUUGUACACUUAUUGCAACCAACGCUGUUAUGACCUCAGCUGGGAAAAGGUUCACCAGUACGAAUGUCCAGUAUUUGAGCAAUUGAAAUCAUCAUUCGGAUACCAAGAGUUUGUACGAUUAGCACUCCGCUUAUGCACGUUAUACUCCAUUCCUUCUUACCGAAAGAACUUGGAACGCUUGACAACUCACCGUGAAGAAGUGGAAAAAAAUGCAACAUUGGUACGCCUCAGUGAGAAAAUUGCACCUUUAUUGCCAGAAAAGAUCAAAGCUUCACAGCAAACAGUGUUAAAGAUUUUAUGUUUGGCAGCUAUCAAUUCCUCAACUAUGAUGAAUGAAAAUUUCGAGCAAGUGGGAAUGGCAUUUGAUCCUACUUUCUCACUUAUUAACCACUCGUGUGUACCCAACCUUUACUCCAUUCCCAUUAGCUUGACUGUGAUUAGUUUCGUGGCUACUUCACCCAUCAAGGCUGGAACAGAAGUAUUCACGAGUUAUUGCUUCAACGGCUACCCUACCGAAGUUAGACGACGUACACUUGAGACCAGGUUUUAUUUUACUUGCAAAUGUUCGAUCUGUCGGAAUAAGAAAAACUUUUUCUUCUCGUACAAUUGUCCAAAUUGUGGUAUUAUGAUGUUCAGCAUUGCCUUGAGUUCGUUUUUCAAAUUUGGAAGAGAAAAAAUGUAUCAAGCAAUCAGUCCAACAAACGGUACACCAAGUGUCUGCAGUAGUUGUGGUCUGGCAGUUGCUUUGAAACAGGUCGAGCGGGUAUGGACAUUGCACAAGUUACUUUUAGGGUGCCUUUUGUACAAUAUCCACAGAGAUAAAAUUCCGGAUAACAUUGAACUUGGCCCUGCAAUCAACAAUUUCUUGAAGGAAUCCUUAUUACCCACCCCCACUAUCGAUAUUGUUGACGAUUUGGCUACUCCACACGAGCUCAGGGCCAAUCAAAGAGAAGUGAUCAAGCUAUACCAAAUGCUGCAAGCGCUUAUCCACAGUGACAUAUGUCCCAUUUACUGUUAUCCAAUUUAUACCAUUUUGACAGAAAUCGAACACAAGUUGGGACACCAUGAAUCGAUGAUUGCCAAAGUGCAAAAGUGUUUUGCUGGGUUGGCGACCGACCUAUCACAGUUUAGGGUUUCGCAAGUCAGCCAUUUUCGAGAAUUGGGCACAGAUUUGUAUAACUACUUGGGUACCAUAUCAAAAGGAAUAACAGUGACCAUCAAGCAGACAAAUCAGAGUAACGGCAAGAGCUCGGACAAGGCAGAUUCGACAAAGUUUGUGGAUAAACGGAUUAUGGCAUCUGAUCUUAAGCAAUGUAUUGCCGCGUGUUCUUUGUUCUUCUGUUUGCAAUUAGUGGCUAUCCAUCAAGACCGCGGAGUGGCUCUAUCACCAGCAAUGAGCAAACGACAAGAAGUCAUCGUGGAGUCUAUACGUCUGGGUGCGCCACGGUACAAGCUCAAGGAAUUCGGACCAGGAAAUCAUUUGACUAUGAGUAUGUUUGUACCAUAUUUGAAGAAGCUCUUUGAGAUUACGAGCUUGCCAUUGAAGCACAGAAAAGGCAACUUCUGGUUGCAAUUCGCAGACCGUAACAAUCAUCCGUUGUUUGUGGAGUUGAAUGGAGUAGAUAGCUUUGGAAUGUAA